CCUAAGUUCAGCGCCGUUUUCUAGCACUUUUAUUGACUACCUGUUGAAAGACAGUACCAAGAGGAUUGACAACAAUCAUGGCACGAUUCAUACUGGCCACGAUCCUCGCUUUUGGAGCCGUUUCUCAAGCAAGCAAUGUUUGCGACAUGUAUGGAAAGGAUUGCACCGGUGUAUGCAACAAGCAACAGAUUGGCAAUACGCCUUUGAACUGCAAUACUCAGCAGGGGUCAUCUCUUCGAUAUAAACUGGACAGGCCAUGCUCCUUGACGUUCUAUUCUGGCACCAACUGUGGAACUGUUUCGCAGACUUUCGGAGCUGCCAGCGAGGGCUGCCAUAAUUUCAUUGGCACCAAAGGAUCGUGGAGAUUCUUUUGCUAGAAUGUUUGCUGGAGGAUCAUGAUUUCGAGUGGUAUGAACUAGGGAAGACAAGGGGAUGGAAUGUCACAAAUU